GUUAGUAUCUGUCCCUUAUCUGGAAUUUACCUGUAGAACCGCCGAUUGUUCCUCACCUGGAUUUUACCUGAGCUUAUCACUAGUCCCCGCCUGGUCUGAUAUGAGAGUACCUCUGUAUAUAUCCCGUUAUCUGAUCCCGGAAGUGGCAGCGACGCCAUUGUUAGACAGGAUGUUUUGGAUAAGUCGGUGAUCAUGAGGCUGUGUUUGGUUCUAUCGGUUCUAAUUAACAUCCUACCGUACUCAAUACUGACAGGUUUGUAUUGUAUACCUAUAUUAAACGCCCUACCGUACUCAAUACUGACAGAUAAAAAAAUUCUUAACGACUAUAUCAGACAUUACGAAGAUCUACAUUAUGACGUCACAGAUUUCAAUAACCAGCACCUCAGGGCAAAAAGAUCCGCAGAUAAAUCCAUCCAACUAAAAUUCUCAGCUCUAGGGAGAAAAUUUCACUUGGACCUCUACCCGUCGGACAGCGUGUUCGCGCAUGAUCACAAAUCCCGCCAGUCAGAUGGCAAGGAGAGUCACGUGGACACAUCUUUUAUAUAUGAUGGCAAAAUUCGCGGGGUCCCCGAGGGCAGCGUUCAUGGGGCGGUCCUAGGCGGACUGUUCCAUGGGGUGAUGGUUGUCUCCCAGGACGAGAUCUACUUCAUUGAGCCGGCCAGCCGCUACUUCCGGGGUCACAACCCUCCCACGCACGCUCACUCCGUCAUCUAUCGAGAGGAUGACAUGAACCUUGACCCCUACAGACACAAAAGGGACACUGUGGGACAUCAUGGGAGCUGUGGAUUGGAUAAAUACAAAGAGUGGAUGACAGCAUCAGCUCAACCCGCCUCAAACGACGGCAUCGACGCCUAUGAUGACGUCACAAUGGACAAUAUUUACAGUCGGGAUUCAAAUACAGAGUUUAACAGACACAAGAGAGCACCUGUCAGUUGUUAUUCCAAACCAGCGCGCACCUGUAACCUUUACUUGAGGGCGGACCCGGUCCUGUUCAACGAGACUUGGAACAGACUGGGGACUGUAGCGGCCGCCAACAAUGAGAUUAUGGCCCUGUUUUCGACCCACGUGUUCGCCAUUAACCAGAUAUACAAGAACACAAAAUUCGAAACUUUUUUCCCUGUCACAACACUUCAAACGCCAUGUUUUGAAGGAAUUAAUUUUAGAAUUCUGCGAACAACCAUAAUGACGGACGAAUCACUGAACUGUAACACUUAUCUCCGCACUAGUGCACUCAGCUUCUGUAACCCGAACAUUGACGUCAGUAAUUUCCUGAACCUGAACUCUUUGGAGAAUCACGAUGAGUUCUGUCUGGCCUUCGUGUUCACAUAUCGGGACUUCUCGGGCGGCACCCUUGGACUAGCCUGGGUGGGAUCACCCUCUGGAGCCGCGGGCGGGGUAUGUGAGCGGUAUAAGACGAUAAGAGAACAGGGCCGCACUGUACAGAAGAGUCUUAACACCGGCAUCGUCACACUCAUUAACUACGCCCGCCGUGUCCCACCGCGGGUAUCACACCUCACCUUUGCUCACGAGGUGGGACACAACUUUGGAUCACCGCACGACAGCGGUUCUAUCUGCGCUCCUGGUGGGGACGCCGGAAAUUACAUCAUGUAUCCAAGUGCUACCAAGGGCAACCUCCGUAACAACGAGCUUUUCUCGGAAUGCAGUAGGGACAACAUCACGCGGGUUUUAAACUCUGUAGUGAAUCAGAUAAAUGGAAAAGUGAACUGUUUUACAGCUUCGGACGCUGCGUUCUGUGGUAACGGUAUAAAAGAGAAGGGGGAAGAGUGUGACUGUGGGUACAGAGACGACUGUACAGAUCAAUGCUGUCACCCAAGGGACAACCUGAACCCCAACGACGAUAAACUCAGGUGUACAUUGAAGGUCAAUGGGACAGGACACAAAGUACAGUGUAGCCCCACCCAGGGACCAUGUUGCAGUGAAUCGUGUACAUUCAAACCCGCCACCAACAGUUCCGUGUGCCGCCCCGCCACAGAAUGCAGUGAGGAGGAGAUCUGUGAUGGUGUAAAUGCAACAUGCCCAGGCAUCACGAUAAAACCGGAUAUGACGUAUUGCAAUGGUUAUUCCCAAGUCUGUAUCCAAGGGGUAUGUGAGGGAUCACUUUGUAAAAAGAUAGGAAACAACUCUACAUGGGACGAAUGUUAUAUCAGCCAUGACGCUUCUCUAAAUGAUAACCAAAAGCUAAAACUCUGCUACCUCGCCUGCAAAAAUGAAAAUGAUACAUGCUAUGUUUCAGACGAUAAACAUAUUCCGCACGAGUUUAAAAUUGUUGUAGAUGAAGUGAAAAAUUACUCAAGAUUGGAUGCUAAGAAAGAAAUCUCAGUAGCUGCAGGCACUCCUUGUGACAAUUAUCGCGGUUAUUGUGACGUAUUUCACAGAUGUCGUGGUGUCGACAAUGACGGGCCCCUAGAAAGAUUGAAGAACCUUAUUUUUGGAGAAGAGACCCUUUCGUCUAUCAAAGACUGGAUUAUUAUACACUGGUGGGGUGUAAUGCUGAUAGCCGUGGGGGCGGUGGUUGUAAUGGGUGUCUUCAUCAAAGUCUGCUCUGUAAACACUCCUAGUGAAAACCCCAAACACAAAAAGAUCAGAAAACAGAAUGAUAAAAAGAGAGGACCCGUGAAGAACCCUGGACCGUAUUAUAUCAAUGGUAAAAAUAAUCCCCGCGAGGGAAAAGACAGACCACGUGAUCACAGAAAUACAAGGAAUGUCGAAAUGGGCAAUAUAUGACUCAAACGUAACGUGACAUUGUUACGUCAUAUCGUGCCAAUUGUAAUAUGAUCAAAAAUUAUUUUUUACUUUUUAUAGAGAAUGUUUAAGAGAUUUUAAAGAUAACAGCAGAAAUAUCAAUUUCUUUGU